CAGUCGUUUAUAAUGGAGCUUGUAUACUUUAAAGUGGAUGCACCUUGAUGGUAUUUGCACUGAAUAAUCGUUUAGAAAUAACAAAUAUCAUAAGAGAAGCAGAUUCAACUUGAGAAAAUAUAGUGUAAGAAAAAAAAUAUAAUGGAUAUCAUUUCUUUAGCUGAGCUACAAAGUAACAACUCCACACAUCUCAAAAAACAUUACUCCUUAACUAAUGCUCCCAAAAACCUUGAAACCAUUGCUCACUCAACUGUCCACUUCAAGCCCAAUCCUAAUUCUAAUUCUAAUUCUAAUUCUAAUUCUAAUUCUAAUUCUAAUUUUAAUUUUAAUUUUAAUUCUGGCUCGACUUCAAAUCUCAAGCCAGGCUUGAAUUCCACUAGUAUUGAUAAUUCAAACGAUUUCAAUCACGAAGGUUCUCUGUUGAUUAAAAAUCUAGAUCAAGGGUUAAAUUUUCCUGAAGGUGGUCUCAGAGCUUGGUUGGUGGUAUUGGGGUCGUUUCUAUGUUUAUUUAUUUCUUUUGGUUUAUUGAAUGCCUCAGGUGCGAUUCAAUCUUACUUGCAAUAUCACCAGUUAAAAGAAUUAAACGCUCUAUCUAUUUCGUGGAUUUUUUCCAUUUUCUCUUUCAUAACCUUUGCUACAAGUGUUUAUGGUGGACCAUUUUUUGACAAAUUUGGCUCAACGAUUCCAUUAACUAUUGGUAACAUUUUCAUCUCAACAUCCUAUUUUGCUCUUGGAAAUUGCACUAAAUACUAUCAAUUUAUUUUAUGUUUUAGUAUUUUAAAUGGUGUUGGGACGUCUUUUGUGUUUAAUACGUCUAUCAGUGUAAUUUCGCAUUGGUUUUCGAAGAAAAGAGCUUUUGCUAUUUGCAUUGCAUCCAUUGGUGGUUCAAUUGGUGGUGCUGUUUUCCCCUUGGUUCUAAGAGAUUUGUAUCCGAAAAUUGGUUUUAAAUGGUCAAUGAGAGUUCUUGGUUUCAUUUCACUCGGAUCUCAAUCAAUUGGUAUAUUAUUGGUCAAGGAAAGAUUUAAAAAAAAUGAUUCUUUUCAAAUUGGGUCUUUGAAAUCUUUCUUCAAGCUACUAAGUAAAACUUUUCAAGAGAGUUUUGAUUACACGUAUUUUAAAGAGAGAACCUAUUGUGCCUAUGUCGCAGCUCUCUUUUUUCUGGAGCUUUAUACUUAUAUAGUAUUUGGGUACAUUUCUUCUUAUGCUUUGGCAAAAGGAUUUUCUGACUCUCAAAGUUUGUUGUUAAUCACAGUUUUAAACGUCGCUGGGAUUCCUGGAAGAAUGAUUCCAGGUUAUUUGGCUGACAAGUAUGGUCGGUUUAAUAUUAUUAGUAUAUUCACCAUUCUAUCUACUGCAACAAUAUUCAUUAUAUGGUUGCCAUUUGGAUAUAACAUAUAUGCUUUAUAUUCCUUUGUGGGUAUUUGGGGGUUCUGUGUUGCAGCAAUUUUAAGUCUACCUCCAUCAUGCUGUGGCCAAAUUAGUAAUACAGAAGAGUUCGGCAAACGAUAUGGCACAGGCUAUUUCAUUGCAGCCUUUGGUUCAUUGAUCAGUUUACCAAUAAGCGGUGCAUUAAUUGGCGAUUCAACCAAUUCAAAAGGGUAUGAUAAUGCUGUUAUAUUUGUAGGUUGUGCCAGUGCUGUUUGCAGUUUCUUUUUCUGUUUGAGCAGAUACUUUUGUGGAGGCAAAAAAUUGUUCAAAAAAAUUUGAAUUAGUUAACAAGUUCAAUGAUAGUAUUUCUUUAUUAUUAUAUUAAGGUUCAAUUACGAUUUGUGAAAAAUUAAUAUACUUGUAUUGUCAAUAUUCUAGAAUAAUCAAAUAAA